ACCCCGAUCAUGCCUGAACGGCCCUAAACGAAGAGUACAUGAUUUCAUUCUAACAUAUAAGAGAUACAAAGUGUAUUUAAUGGGAUCAUUCAAGUAAUACAAGAAAGGAAAGGCUACGAAAAGCCUUACAAUUAAGAGUAAUUGAAGUAAUUAACAUCAUGAUCAGAAAAUAUGAGAGAUUUUAAUCACCAAGAGGCCAUUAAGUUUAAUAUGUCAUCCCUCAAAUUAUAAAAGAUUGCUCAAACACUAGAGAGAGGCACCAAUGAGGUUGUUGCUGAUGAGUCUUCUAGCUGACCUUUGUGUAGUUUGCAGAAUGCCGAAGAGGAUUUAGCAAGGAUUCCAUUGAAUUAAGAUUAGCAUCUAAAUCAAGGGCUUCAGAAUCACGCGGAAACAAAAAAAACUUUUAAAACUUUAAAGUAUUUAUUUUAGUCUUGAACUUUUAAAAAAUUAUUUAUGGUGUGGAUUAGCUUUAACAUAUAUCUUAGGGUAGAAAAGUAACGUAGCAAUAAAUAACCAAAGUGGUUGUUGUCUUUAAGUUAAUUAAUGAAUAACAUAGAGUAUAUACAUUUGAAAAUAUUCGGAGCAAAAUAUGUAUGAUGAUAAACUUGCAUGCUUAAAUAACUUGAAGACAAACCAUUAAAAAGUUUACCAACUAAAUAGAACAAACUUACAAAAGUUUAGGAACGAUUAAAAAUGAAAACUUUUUUUUUUGGAUAACGUAACUAUAAAAAAGAAUUAUUACUAUAUUUUCAAGUCGAGUCUUUUGAACUCAUAAAACUUUCCGACCUCUAAAUUUUAUCGUCUAAUUCGAAUUUUAGUAAAGUUCAACUUUGCAGUCUUUUAAGAUGAUAAUGAAUGUAUACGACGAUAUCUCUUUUUCCAAUCCUAGAAAGAAUCUUACGCCAAAAGGUAUCAAGUUAAUCAAUCUAAGAAGAAGUUACCUGGCUAUCUCAUGUCAAAACCCUUUUUUUCUUUUAAUUAAAACCCCCUUCCAUUGUUCAAUAUCAAUUGUAAAUAAUAGAGAGCAGAUGUUUUUGUGGUUGGCACUUUGUCUCCACUCUUCCUCCAAUUAUGCCAAAAGCCCAUUCCCUUCCCUUUUAACCUAUUAUUCCUCCAUUUCCCAUCCCUUUCGAACUCUCACCUCCUAUCUUAAAUGCUAUCUUCCUGCUAAACUCAACUCAUCUCAACUACGUAUCAGCUUCCAAUUAUUCUCCCUCGACAGCUAUUGGAGCUACCGAAUGUUGAAUCCUAACCAAGCUCAUCAAGACGAGGACGGUGAUUCAUGGGAGAUUAGGGCUUUUGCAGAAGACACCGGAAACAUUAUGGGCACAACUUGGCCCCCUAGGUUUUAUAAUUGCACAUUUUGCGGACGAGAAUUUAGAUCUGCCCAAGCUCUAGGUGGCCACAUGAAUGUCCACCGCCGCGACCGUGUACGUUUCCACCACCAAACCCAACUCAACUCAAUUCAACACGUCUCACCAUCUUUCACCAUCCCUACCCCUAAACUCAUCUACAAUAAUGAAAUCGAUGAGGUUUGUUUCUUAUACCAACUACCAAACGACAACAUUGAUUUCCUCAACUCCAUCACUUCAUCAGGUGCAUGUCUCCAGUCACCCUCCACUGCACAACAUCCUUCGAGCAGUCGAACUGCAUCGUCCUUGCAAUCCCUGAAGUCUCCAGGAGAGCUUCGAGGAGGAACGUCGAGCUCCUCGUCUCACUGCAGCCACAUGUCUAGUAAAGGAGAUGACUCAUUAAUAUCAAUUAAUGAUGGAAACGAGAAGAUUGAUCUCGAGUUAAGACUUGGUCAUAGGGCAUCUCCAACUUGAAAAUCAAAGGAAGAGAGAGAUUGAUCAUGAAGUGGAAAUAGUAAAAACUAGCCCCAUAAAAGUUUUAUCAUGAAGAAGUAAUGGUAAGAACUACUUAGAAGAGAGAUGCAUGUGAGAGGAGGGAAAGUGUAAAAUUAGGGUUUUAAAGAAAGACAAGGCAAAAGCUAGCAAAUCAGUGAAAUGUCAUUUUCAUCUUGCAUAGAUUUCUGAGUAAAUGAAAGGCUUUAAUUUCUCUGGGCA